CACCUGUCAAGCGAAGCAAGGAACCAGACAAGAUGCCGGAAAUUGAUUGGAACGCUGAGAACACCCGGAUUGUGUGUAAAUUGUUUGCCGAACAAGUUGAGAAAGGAAAUCGACCAAGCACUUACCUGAAUGCACUUGGUUAUGCUGAGGUUGAGAAAGGGUUCAAAGAUAGGACAGGGCUUGAGAUCAGCAAGGGUCAACUGAAAAACAAGUGGGACAAGUUAAAAGAAGAUUUCAGGGCAUGGAGGAAGAAAGCUAGAGCUGAUAUUCCUGGAUGUGGAAAGUUCAGGAAGCAACCCCUUCAAAAUGAAGAAGAAUUGGCAAGGUGUUUUGUGGGCAUCACUAAUAUUGGUAUUGACCAUUGGUCUCCUCAUGGAGGUAAUGGCGCAGCACCUCCAAUUGAUGGUGAAACACAAGAGGCGGCAUGGAUUUUUGGGACACAAGAUGAUGCAUUUCUUGCUGAAAAUCAAGACGAAGAGAAUGUUAUUUCUCCUUCACCUGCUACUGGCAAGAGGUUAGCAAGACCUUUUCCAGGAAAAGACAAAGAAAAGAAGCAAAAGACAGGAAAUGCAAUCCUCAUUCAAGAAGCAGUUACAAGUAUGGCUAGCUCAGCUAAUGAGUAUGUUUCCAAGAGAGAGGGAAAAUAUUCAAUUGACCAAGUGAUGGAACUUGUGAUUGCUUGUGGUGCCGGCUAUGGGAGCAAUGAGCAUUAUGUUGCAUCUGAAUUGUUUGUGAAGAAGGAGCAACGAGAGAUGUUUAUGACCUUGCCUACUGACGAGAUACGGUUCAAUUGGUUGACCAGGAAAUACAAUGACAAGUAUCAAAAGUAGAAUUGAAUCCUAAUGAUUGUGCUAAUAUUGGCACUUGUAUCUUGCUCCUCUUUGUUUCAGUUUUUAUGUGUCAUUUUCUUUCUUUCAAAGCUCAUUUGUGAGCAUGCACUAUUUGUUGAAUAAUUAUUUGUUAACAUUUAUUGUGUGA